UUUAUCCUCAGCAGUUGAGAGAUCUGGCUAGAGGAAAAGGGAAAAGAAAUGUUACUUAUUUUCGAUUUCUAUUUUUCCCAGAAAAUACUAGACUAGCUUUACCUAGUUAUCUUUUGUUAUACUUUUUUUUCAAUUAAUAACAAUGUCAACAUUAACAGAUUCCGAAGAUGAGGCUGAUCAUCGCCCAUCAUUUGGAAGGGCUACGGCAAAGCAAGAACAGUUCAACAAGAAGCAUUCACCAAAGAAAUUCCCAUUUUCAAAACGACCUUUUGCCAAGGUCACAGCAGAUGGAGAUGCUAGCAAGAAUUUUGAAAUGGACGACAGCCAAAUACCAUCAAAAUUUGUCAAAAAAAAGGAAACCGGUCAAAUUGAAAUGUCAGAUGCAGUUAGGAAAAUGAUGGCAAAAAUGGGUCACAAAGAAGGGGAAGGACUUGGUAAACAUGGCCAGGGUAGAACACAAAUUGUAGAAGAGUCUAAACAGAGAGGUCGCAGAGGUUUAGGUAUGGUAGUGCCUGGCCUUGAACCUUCUGAUAUUGAAUGGGACUUCAGUAAAGAAGAGAUUGUCAUAGAUGAGGAAGUAGAAUGGCUGCCUCCGUACACAGGUCCCAUGCCAGAUUUGGAAGAGUUCAAAACCUGGAUCACUGUUGGUCCUAAAAAAAGAGAGAUUGAUGAUGAGACCACAUUUUGUUCCCAGAAGACUCUGGAACUUGUGCUGAAUGGCAAAAGUGUGUUUGAUGUGCUGGAGCCGGAAGAAAUGCGUAGAGCUAGGACUCGGUCUAAUCCUUAUGAAACAAUACGUGGUGCCUUCUUUUUGAACCGAGCAGCAAUGAAAAUGGCAAAUAUGGAUGCAAUAUUAGAUUUUAUGUUUACUAAUCCUAAGGACGCCAGUGGGGAACCACUGGUGAGCCCCAAUGAACUUCUCUACUUUGCUGAUGUGUGUGCUGGGCCUGGAGGGUUCAGUGAGUACGUACUGUGGAGAACAAAGGGAGAAUCCAAAGGUUUUGGGCUCACCCUGAGGGGCAGCAAUGACUUUAAGCUGGAGGACUUCUUUGCAGGACCCCCUGAAAUGUUUGAGCCACAUUAUGGUGUUGGUGGGCAGGAGGGAGAUGGGGAUAUCUUCAAUCCAGCCAAUCAAGCAGAGUUUGCCAAGUUUGUGUUAUCUAGUACUGAUGGCAAGGGAGUUCACUUUGUCAUGGCUGAUGGUGGUUUCUCAGUUGAGGGCCAAGAAAACAUUCAAGAGAUCUUAUCAAAACAGUUGUACUUGUGUCAGUUCCUGGUUGCAGUCAUGGUCCUUAGGCCAGGUGGAAAUUUUGUCUGCAAGUUGUUUGACCUGUUCACACCUUUUAGUGUUGGCCUCGUCUAUUUGAUGAACAUGAUAUUUGAGCAAGUGGCCCUUAUUAAGCCAGUCACCAGCAGACCUGCCAACUCUGAGAGAUAUAUUGUGUGUAAGAAUCUGAAAGCCAACAAAGAUGCCGUCCAACAGUAUUUCCACAUGAUCAACGUCGAUCUCUGUCGCUACCUAUCUGCAGUAUCCAAUGAUGACAUAUUGCAUAUAGUGCCGUUGAAUACAAUGAUAAAUGAUGAUUCCUUUUUGAACUACAUUGUCAAUUCAAAUGAGAAGUUUGCAAAGAUUCAAGCUAUAAAUCUUAAGAAGAUAGAAGUUUUUACAAAAAACAGUCAGCUGUAUGAAGCACGGCAGCCUGAGGUGCGAACUAAAUGUUUGGAAAAAUGGAAGAUUCCUGAUCAGUUAAGAACUCCUCCAGGUCGACCGGACCCUAAAGCUACAAUCAGAGAACUCCUUAAGGGUUCUGAUUCUAUUUUUGAAAACAACACAGAGAUUUUAACUCACAGUAAACUGAGUUCAAUCACUAGCCUAUACAAUUACAGUUGUUUAGUUAGAGGAGAAGGAGCUAGUUAUUACCUUUUAGGUUGUGGGAGAUCAAACUGUUACAAGUGGGAGGGUAGAGGAGCCAUGAACUGGCACAGGGCAGAGAGACUGGAGCUGCCCAGCAAGACGCUGCUAGAAGUCCAGUCUUUCACAGAACUGAAAGGAGAGGGCAAGGGUCAAAAGAAAAUCACCACCAAUCAUGUGCUGGAUGCUUUCUUUCUUUGUGGAGCUGAUGUCAGGGAGAUGUCAUUUGAGAAAAGGCAAGAGAAGUUAAAAAAAUUUAUCAAAGGUCUAAUGAAACCAACACGCUCAGACUUACAGCAGCUUGUCACAAUGACUAUAUUUCCACUUCAUAAAUUUGAACAGAUUUUUGAAAGACUCAGCAUGAAGCUGGUGAAAGGGGUGAGCAAUCCCAGAUUGUGUUACAGGACAGAUUCUGGGAGUUAUUUCCAUCCAACUGGUCUAGACAUCAUCAGAACAGUCAAAGAACCAUGGACCAAGUGUAUCAGCAAAUCAACAGGCAACUUUUACUGGUUCAACACAAAGACUAGACAGUCUGUGUACGAGUGUCCAGCAGAGGCCAGAGCCACAGCCAGUGACUGCAAGAAAACAUUGUUGCAUUGGCGCUGGGAACCUGGGGUCAAAGUUCAUCCUGACCAGGAUCAGGAAAAUCCAGAACUUAUUAGUAAAUCCCAUUUCAUUGAACAUCUCAACAAACUCAAGUGACCUCCCCUGGACUUGUUGUAUGCUCUUAUGUUGGUUUCUGUUGAAGGUCAAAAGAAGUGAAUAGAAGAAUGGCAGCUGUUCCAUGUAUAUAAACACUGACAGGACGGAUCUGAACAGUUAUAUUCCAGUUUGUUCCCUUGACAUUGCUGUUCUAGUUUUUGAUGAUAUUUGUUGCACUUGAUGAUGCUCUCUUGUAAAUCUUUAUUGAAUUGUGUCCAUUGAUUUUGGAAAAAAAAAAAGAUUUAUUGUUGGUUUGAAUUUCUUCGUUACUAUUUUAUGUAUGAGUUACAGUGCUGUGUGUAUGUGUGCUGCUUAACUGGGUGUAACAAAUACAAUUUGUAUCGUUGGUCACCAAAAGUAUGAAAGAAUCUUUAAAAAUUUUUAUGUGGUUAUCAAUAUAUUUUAGAUAGAAAAGAUUGGACUUUUGUAUUUUAAGUGCCUGUGUCAGUUAAGUCUAUUUACAAUUUCAGCUUACAAUUACAUUAUUAUCUUUGUUAAUAACAACCAUCAUUGUAGCUCAUAUUAAUUCUGCUAAGGCCUACUCAUUUUUCAUUAAUUAAUUAUAAGAAACGCUAUCCAUACAUACUUACAGCGCAAACAUUUUUUUUUUUCUUUUCUUCACUUAGCUGUGUUGCUAAAAAAGUAUCAGACCAUUUAAAAAAUAUUUAUAUAAGAACCACAUUUAAUGGAAAAUUUCUUAUGUAUUGUAUUGAAAAUUGUAUAGUUAAUGAAGGUUUAUAAUAAUUUUUGUAAACUAACAAAUCACUUUUAAUAUCACUUUUUAAAAAAAUCCAUACACAGUCAUUAGAACUAUUGUAACUAAUGUUACAAUUUAUUACAAAAUGUUUGUUUCAGCUGUAAACAGUAGUAAAGUUUGUUGGUGUGGAAUUUGUUUUACUGAAGUAGAAAUUUUAUCAUGUUUUUUAUUCAUGUCAAUAUAUUGUAAAGAUGUUGCUUUCAGCCAGUCUACCCCCCCCCCCCCCCCACAUUACUGUCACUAUUGUAAGACUGCAAUCUACAUGUCCUUUUAAAUGUGUACUUUAUGUGGUAUCAGUUUCUCAAUGCAACAUAAAUAUACAUUUAGAUUAUUUACAAUACAAUAGUCCAAGAACUAUUUAAGGACAUUGUAUUUUGUAUCUGGACCCUAUCCAUACAUCAGUACAAAUAGGAUUAGAAGUAGUCCUUUAGGAGACCAAGUGGUCAGUUUUGCAUUUUCUUCUAGCCUAGAUAUUAUUUUUGAGUAUAUUUUCAAUGCAAGAAAAAAAAAAAGAAUAGAAUUCAGAUGUAUACAAAGCUCAUUGGGUUGUGAGGUCUUACAAAGUUUCAAAAAGAAUCAAACAUGUCCUAACAUCAAAAUUCAUUAUCAGAAGAACAGAGUUCUCAACUGCUUUUAUUGCACACUUGAACAGAACAUGAUUUUUUGUAAAUAUAAAUCAAAUGAAUGCUUCUAUUUUCAGUUGUAAGAGUAAAUUGCUUCAGAAUGUUUGCUUUCAAUUGAUGCAUGCCACAAAAUAAGGUCAUUAUUGUUACUUACUUAGCACGAGUACGAAGAAGAAAAAGUUACUUACCACAAACACAGUUAGAUUAAGGACAGAUUUUUACACAAACUUUUCUCUGUCUGUCUGGUACAAAUUUUAAUACAUGUAAUUUCUCCCACUUCCCUUUUCAGAUCAAGUUGAGAACUUUGCGCAAUUAUUCAUUUUCCUUAACAACAUAUGAAUCAGUGAUGCCCAAAAUACGGCCCUGGCCUGGGGCAUGGUUCCAUAUGGCCUGCAAUUUGGUUCCAUAUGGCCUGCAAUUUGGUUCCAUAUGGCUCGCCAAAACGUUAGCACAAGGUGAAGAAAAUUCCCACCCUCAAAAAAAAAAAAGAUUGAAAAAUAUAUCUUUUAUCUACGUUUGGGCCCUCACUAUUUUUCUAAUGGAUUGGUACCAUGACCUUAUACAUUUGUGUGUUUAUGAAAUGGAACUCUGAAUGUAGAAUCUACCAGGAAAAGUGAACAGAUCUUUACUUUUUUGUGGAACAUGUUAUAAGCCAACAUAUUUGUUCUAUUAAAAAAAAGUGUGACUUUAAAAAAAAAUAUUACAUAAACAGCAUUAUAAAACAAAUAGGACGGCAUUCUUGGUUUGAGCCGCGAAUAAAAUAUUUUUAAACUACACCUAGAAAUGUGGCCCGUGACACAAGUGUCUGAAAUUAAAAGGGCCUGUAGAUCAAAUAAGGUUGGGCAUCACUGAUAUGAAUCAAUUUAAAAAAAUGAACUAAAUAAUGGUACUUGACUAAUUUUAUAUGAUAUAGGAAAGAGAAAUCAAUUUAACAGUAUGGAAAUAUAUGGCUGUAAAUGUGUUAUUUCCCUUACACAAGCUUUUUUUUGAAGUAUCUCUUAUAUUAUUUCUUGUGUACUGUCAGGUUGUCAGGCUUGGAAUGUAAGUAAAGUGAGUAAGAAUCAGUCUAAGGAUGAGGAUGUAAUGUAUUGUUCUGGUUGAGUCUAAGAGAGAUGCCACCAAUAAAUUCUAAUUUUAUUCAUAGUAUGAGUUACCCCACAUUCAUUUUAGUUAUGUACUCUUCAGGAGUGUGACAUUCUUUCCUCAUUCGAGUACAUUGUUUGAUUUGUACAACUGUAGUGAACAUGUUCACUUUCCACAGAUUGAUCUAUUAAAUUUGUUUUUAAAAAUAA